GUAUUGAAUCCAAUGCUAACCGAAUUGUCUCAGAGCUCUAACACAGUGUCGAGAAGUAAUAAUUCAGUAUUGAAUUCAAUCUACGAUACGUUCAGAAACAAUGUGUUUGUCUCGAAAUCAGUUCGAGAGAUACUCUUUGGAUUCAAUAAUAAUUCUCAAAUGCAAAUCAUUUCUCAAUACUUCCCAACUCUAUCCAGAAGUGGUGUUUCGGUUCCCAAACUUUUGCCCACAGAUUUCGCUCUCUUUCCAAACAAUACGGAGAAUAAGUUUGAAGUUUUAACCGGACUUAAGACCGGUCUCUACUCUAAGUUACUCAAAUGGAAUGACAAAUCGUUAGAGUGUAAACGCUUGGACGGGUCGCUCCUGUAAUGUCAUUAACGGCACAAAC